CAGAUUAAAGAUCCAGGUUGCUUCUGGGUUAUUAUAAAAGGGUGUAGUCCCUUUUUAGAUCAUGAAGUUGAUUAUCAAAAACUAAAUAGUGCCAUGAAUGACUACUACAACAACAUGUGUCAAGAUAGAGAAAUAAAACCACCAGUGUUGGAGGAAGGGCAGGUUUGUGUGGUUUAUUGUCAGGAGCUAAAGUGCUGGUGCAGGGCGGUUAUUAAGUCAAUCAUAUCUUCAGCUGACCACUAUUUGGUAGAAUGUUUCCUUGUGGACUUUGCCAAGUAUAUUCCAGUAAAAUCUAAAAACAUCCGGGUUGCAGUAGAAACUUUUAUGCAGCUUCCGUAUAGAGCAAAGAAAUUUGGACUGUUCUGCACAAAACCAGUUACAUUACACAUUGACUUGUGUGAAGACAGUGCUGAAAUUGUGCCUGCCAAGAAGUGGGACAGUGCUGCUAUUCAGUACUUUCAGAAUGUUGUAAAAGCUGCUACCCAUGUGGAAGCCAAAUUAUGUGCUGUGAAAGAAGAUAUCUUUGACGUCUUCCUUUAUGUAACUACAAAAAAUGAGAAAGUUUGUGUUAACGAUGAUCUGGUUGCAAAGAACUUCGCUUGUUAUAUGUCAACCACAGAGAGUGAAAUCCUUGAUUCUUUAGAGAAACCAAAAUUGAAUAUAAAGUCAGCAUCCUUAGCCAAUAAACUCAAACCUGCACUUAGUCUUUGGCCGAUGUUUUUGCAAGGAAAAGAUUCUCAAGUAAUAAAACACUGCUGGUGUGUUGAAUCAUCUGUACAGUGGCCAACAAAAAGAGGCAUAACCAUAUAUGCUGAUCCAGAUAUACCAGCAGCAAGUGUUUUAUGUCAGGAACCAAAUGAGAAACCACUGAGAUUGGCUGAGAAGAAAGAAUACAAUGAGAAGAAUGGCUGUGUCAAAUUGUUGCAGUUUUUAAAUCCUGAUCCUUUGAGAGCUGAUGGAGUCUCUGAUCUGCAACAGUUGCAGAAGUUGAAGCGGGGCAUGCAGCAGCCAUUUGUAGUGCUCAGAAACAAGAUUGAGCCCUGCUUAACCAUUGAGAUGUCCCCACUUUCAGCAGACCUAAAAAAGGCUCUUCAAAGAAAAAAGUUUUCAGGACCUAGCCACACUGAAUCGUACUCUUGGCCUCCCAUAGCUCGUGGCUGUGAUGUGGUUGUCAUUUCUCAUUGUGGAAAUGACCCUUUGUUGUACCUUCCACCAGCGCUUACAAUUUUGCAAACAGGGGUCUGCUAUAAGUCAUUACCAAGUAGAAACGGGCCUCUUGCAGUCAUCGUGUGCCCUGGGUGGAAAAAGGCCCAAUUUAUUUUUGAAUUAUUGGGAGAGUAUAGCAUGUCCUCCAGACCUCUUCAUCCUUUGUUACUAACAAUUGGACUCCACAAAGAUGAAGCCAAAAAUAUGAAGCUUCCAAGAGGGUGUGAUGUGAUUGUUACAACACCACAUAGCCUCCUGAGACUUCUUAAAUAUCAAAGUUUGUUAUUCCUUAGACUCUGUCACCUGAUUUUGGAUGAGGUUGAAGUAUUAUUCUCUGAAGCUAAUGAACAAAUGUUUGCUAUAUUAGAUAACUUUAAAAAAUAUAUAGAGGUUGAAGAAAGGGAAGCAGUACCACAUCAGAUUGUUGCAGUUGGAGUUCAUUGGAACAAACAUAUAGAGCAUUUGAUCAAAGAAUUCAUGUAUGAUCCCUACAUUGUGAUCACGUCCAUGGAAGAAGCUGCUCUCUAUGGCAGUGUCCAACAGGUAGUACAUCUUUGCCUGGAAAGUGAAAAAACCUCUACUUUACUCCAAACACUGGAUUUCAUUCCAAGUCAGGCACAAAAGACCUUGAUCUUCACCUGUUCUGUAGCUGAAACAGAAGUAGUGUGGAAGGGUUCUCCUGCAGAACAGGGAGAUAAAAAAACCAAAUCUGUUUUGCUGCUGACGGAGAGAAAUUCAUGCCAUGCAGUUGGUGUCUUACGCUACUUGGAGCGAGCAGAUGCCAAAAUUCCAGCAGAGCUGUAUGAGUUUACUGCAGGGGUUCUCGAAGCCAAAGAAGAUAAAAAAGCCAGAAGGCCUCUUUGUCCAUAUCUGAAGGCUUUUGGAUUUUGCAAAGACAAAAGGCUCUGUCUUGAUCGACACUAUAUUAAUCCAGAAAUAGAUACGCCAACGAAAUUACCUAACCAAGCUCUGCCAAUGUUUGGAUACAUUAAAAUGAUACCUUUUUACAUUUUGAAUGCAACAAAUUACUUUGGUCGUAUAAUUGAUAAACAUGUGGAUCUUUAUGAAACCCUUGAUGCUGAAAUGACUCAAUAUUUUAAGGAUUCGAGUAAUAAAACAGUUGUUGAAAAGGUAGAGAAAUUUGGAUUAUAUGGAUUAGCAGAAAAAAUGCUUUUUCACAGAGUUCAAGUGUUGGAGAUGAGCCAGAAAGAAGACAGCUCGGCCUUGGAUAAUGUCCUUGUAAAGUUCAUAGAUGAAGGUAGGACUAAACUUGUCACAAGAAACCAACUACUACAUCUCCCAGAAAGUUUCCACACUCUUCCCCCACAGGCGGUGGAAUUUAUUGUUUGUAGAGUGAAACCUGCUGACAACGAAAUAGAAUGGAAUCCAAAGGUUACUAGGUACAUUCAUCAUAAAAUUAUUAGAAAACUGCAUGAUGCAAAAGUGAUACUGGCUUUGGGAAAUACUGUUUGGAUUGAUCCAAUGGUGCACAUUACAAAACUUUCAAAUUUGAAAACUUCUGUCAUUGAUUAUAAUGUUCGAGCUGAGAUUUUGUCAAUGGGAAUGGGCAUUGAUAACUCAGAACAUAUAGAACAACUGAAAAAAUUACACGAAGAAGCUAAAAUGCCAACUUUUGAAGAUCUGCCUAUUCUGUCCAGGAUACCUCCUUCAGCAGAAGAUGCUGCGGGUCUGCAAAUCACAGGGAAAGAGGAUGUGGCCUCAGAAAGAGGUGCUAAUUCUGAGACAAACUCAGAAAACCCCAAGCAUGAAAAUGCUGUGUUCUGCAUUGCUUGCAUGUGCGUGAUGGUUACUGUCCUAGAAGCCAUCAUUAGUGGGGUUCUGGCAGAAGCUUUAUCUGAAAACACUGGAGAUGCUUCCAUUAACAAAAAUAUACAACUGAAUAUGAAAAGUUUCCACCCACAGAUAAAAUGGUUUCAAAAAGACGAUGUGAUCAUCUUAAAGAUAAAAAUAAGGAACGUGAAAGAUUGCAGAUGUAAAUAUUUUAGAGAUAGAGUCAUUUUCAGUGCCUGGGUGGGAGACAAAUUUUACUUGGCGGAUAUGGAGCUUCAGGGAAACAUACUAAAAGACAACUGCAAGUGCAUUAUUAAAAACAGUGAGCCUGUAAUCAAUCUUGCCAAAGAGAGAAGGGAAUUUUGGUGUAGUUUACUCAAACAGAAGAAUCCAAAUGUGGCUUUUGAUUUUGAUCACUGGGAAGAAUGUGAAGAGGACUGCCACUUCUCCGAGGUCGUAAAUUCUAAAGGCCUGCCCUGCAAAGUGGCAGAAGUAGCUGAAAUCAGUGACAGCGCUUCAGAGGAUGAUGGAAAUGAGAGUGAGUGA